AUGAAUGGCUCUGCAGUCUCAGAGUUCAUUCUCCUGGGCCUGUCCCGCUCUCGUGCUCUCCAGCUCCUCCUCUUUGCCUUGGUUUCUGCCACAUAUGCCACCAUCCUUCUGGGCAACUUCCUCAUCAUGGCAACAGUGUGGGCAGACUCCCGCCUCCUCCAGUCCCCCAUGUAUUUCUUCUUGGCCAACCUCUCCUUUAUUGACAUGGCACUGGGCACUGUAACUGCUCCCAAGAUGCUUCAUGACCUGAUAAACCAAGGCAAUACCAUCUCCUACGGCGGCUGCAUGACCCAACUCUUUUUUGUACACUUCCUUGGUGGCUCUGAAAUGUUCCUUCUCACUCUCAUGGCCUAUGACCGCUAUGUGGCCAUCUGCUACCCACUGAGCUAUACAGCCAUCAUGCACCAUCAGCGCUGCUUUUGCUUACUUCUGGUCUGCUGGGCUGGAGGCCUGCUUCAUUCUACUACUCAGUUAGCUUUGAUCAUCCAGCUGCCAUUCUGUGGUCCCAGCGAGCUGGACAAUUUCUACUGUGAUGUGCCCCAGGUGGUCAAGCUGGCAUGCAUGGACACUUAUGUACUUGAGAUACUUAUGAUGUCCAACAGUGGCCUUCUCUCACUGCUGUGCUUCUUGGUCUUGCUGGGAUCAUAUAGUUUCAUCUUAGUGACACUAAAGAGCCACUUUGAAGAUGGAAGCGGAAGGAAAGUUUUGUCUACCUGUAGUUCCCACUUGACAGUAGUGAGUCUCAUCUUUGUGCCUUGCGUUUUUGUUUACUUCAGGCCUUUCUCCAGCUCAAGGGUAGACAAGAUGGCCUCUGUCUUCUAUACUGUCAUUACACCAAUGCUCAACCCCAUUAUCUACACGCUGAGGAACCAGGAGGUCAAGGAAGCCAUAAGGCGGUUGAGGAACAGGUGUGUCUUCUGCUGGGCAUAA